CCAGACACAGUCACCAACUGCCAGCUCUGCCUACCCUUUAAAUCCUGAGCCUGGAGAGAUCCGCACGCAGCAGGAUCGAGUGGUGAUACCCUUACAGCUAGCCAGGUACACGGCACACAGUGACCUCUGGAUCCGGAGUUCCAUCCAUCCUCAGUCGCUGCAGACCUGGAUCCCAAACUGCACCGCAGCCUUCAGAACGGGACCCAGGCCUCCAGGGAGCCGAGAUGACAGCCCACAUACCACAAGAGAUCUCUAGCAGCUGUGGCACCACCCUCAAAGAACCUCACUCCUGGGGUCAGCAGAGUGCAGAAGAGAAAGUGGAGAAGACACCCUUCCACUCAGAAGACAUCCGUCCUGAGAUGAAAGAAGACAUACAUGACCCCAGCUACCAGGAUGAGGAGGGGCCCCCGCCCAAGCUGGAGUAUGUCUGGAGAAACAUCAUCCUCAUGGCCCUGCUGCACUUGGGGGCCCUGUAUGGGAUCACACUGGUUCCCUCCUGCAAGAUCUACACCUGCCUCACAGGAAUGUUCUACAGUUGGGUUGCUGCUUUGGGCAUCACAGCCGGGGCGCAUCGCCUGUGGAGCCACCGAACCUAUAAAGCACGGCUGCCCCUGAGGCUCUUCCUCAUCAUAGCCAACACCAUGGCUUUCCAGAAUGAUGUGUAUGAAUGGGCCCGAGAUCACCGCGUCCACCACAAGUUCACAGAAACACACGCCGACCCUCACGAUUCCCGACGUGGCUUUUUCUUCUCUCACGUGGGCUGGCUGCUUGUGCGCAAACACCCGGCUGUCAAAGAGAAGGGUGGAAAACUGGACAUGUCUGACCUCAAAGCUGAGAAGCUGGUCAUGUUCCAGAGGAGGUACUACAAGCCAACUGUCGUGCUCAUCAGCAUCGUCCUGCCCACACUGGUACCCUGGUACUUCUGGGGUGAAAGUUUUCAACACAGCUUUUAUGUUGCUACUCUCCUGCGGUAUGCUCUGUUCCUCAAUGGCACCUGGCUGGUGAACAGUGCUGCCCACCUCUAUGGAUAUCGGCCGUAUGACAGGAACAUUGGUGCCCGAGACAAUGCCCUGGUUUCAGUGGCAUCUUUUGGCGAGGGCUUCCACAACUACCACCACACCUUCCCCUACGACUACUCUGUCAGCGAGUACCGCUGGCACAUCAACUUCACCACGUUCUUCAUUGACUGCAUGGCUGCCCUGGGCCUGGCUUAUGACAGGAAGAGAGUGUCCAAGGCUGCUGUCUUGGCCAGGAUUAAAAGAACUGGAGAUGGGAGCCACAAGAGUGGCUGAGUUUGGGGUCAUCUGAGUCUCUGUUCCAUAAACCAGCCAGGCCAACUUUUAAUGUUCUGUUAACUACUGAAUAAUGCUACCAAAACCCACUCCUAAACAAUUUUUUUUAGGGGGAGGUUAGGGUUUCUCUCUGAUCUAUUGAGCUCUAUAGACCAGGCUGGCCUCGAACUCACAGAGACCCUCCUGCCUCUGCCUCCCAAUUGCUGGUGCACCACCUUGCCCAGCUCUGCAAAGUAUUCUUGUCAAAUGUUCAAGGCAAUUCUAUUUUAUGAUGCUAAACUACAGCUCUCUCUCUGUGUGUCUGUCUCUCUCUGUCUCUGUCUCUUUCUGUCUCUCUCUCUCUCUCCUAGUCCCAUCCCGUAUGCUUUGUUCCUAUUAUGCUUGUCUUUCUUUCUCCUUCACUGCUUCCCUGAGAAGCAGCUGGUGAGCGCUGGCCCACCUUCCAGAGGCUUCGCCACCUUUACGAUGUCUCAGAGUAAGGCCCCUUAUCACAGGCAGUUCUCUGUCUAGGUAUUUGCCCAAAGCCAGAGAUACAACAAGACCUUUUAGAGAGUGUCUUGUUAAUUGUUUUCAGUUCACAGUUCGCUAAAGGAGAGGGGAAAAAUAAUAUUUGUUGUCAUAGCGGUGUUAAACUGGUAAGUCAUGGGGGAAAGCAUGAAGCGUGUGACUCAGAAGUAGGGGUCGGGGCAAGGUGGGAAGUAAAGCAAUAGGAAGGAAGCACUUGCCGAAACCAGACCUUGCUGCCUAGCUCCCAUAGUCAGGAGCCCUGAGCAGGUAACAGUCAUUAAACAUGGCCGUGCUAGAAUUCGAUGGAAUGUCUCCGUACGUCAGAAUGGUUCAGGCUGAGGAGAAGUAAAGAAAAGUCAUUGUUAGUAGGAAAAGAGGGAUCCCCUGAGAUAGAAUUUCUUUUCGUUAGUGACAAGGAGCUUUGUUACAUCAUAGAACAGUCUUCAGAUGAGAUGUGUAAAGCAUCAACUUGUAGAGGGUUUUAAGGAUUCCAUCAGCUGCUCAUCCAACUUGUUUCAUCUUCUCUUCUGCCUUCCUUGGGGUAUUAUUAUUAUUAUUAUUAUCAUUAUCAUUAUUUAUUUUCUGCCCUCCCAGUGAUGAGGUAACUAUAGUAAUUCCAAACACCCCAAACAGGAAGGAUUGUAGGCAAAGCUGGGUCAAACACAAAAAUAUAGAGACACACGGUUAUUGUACAGAACACGGAGAUGGAGACACACAUGAUCAUUGUACAGUACUUUGUAUUUGAUCAUGUGUUCAUUGUAUAGAACACAUGACCAUUGUAUGGAGCAUGGAGAUGUCUCCCUGAGAUGUCCCCCUCUGAGAAUGUUACAGAGGCUUAUAGAGCAGAGGAUUAUAUAGGUUACCUGCUCCUCUCAUGACUGACAAGAGAUGGAAAUUUUGAUGGGCAGCUUUGCAAAGUGGGGGCUUUGAGAACACGUUGCUGGGGAUCCAGAAGUUGCUUAGUUACUGAGUACCAGGAUGAAUGCUAGCAGAUCGAUUCCUUAGUCUAAAUUCCUCCUUGGAUUUGAGUGAUAAUCAGGCUUUUCUCCAUUUGUGCCCCUCGUCCAUUCUUGCUCUCUGACCACCCCCUACAUCUAGGACUGGCUGGGGGAGAUAACCAAACUCUUAGCCUCCUAAUUCUUGAUUCCUGAUUUCCGCCAUCUUUUCCUUUCUUCCUGUUGAUCUCUCUGUUCCCUUACCUUCCUUCUUUCCCUUAACAGGAAUCUCUUGUGUAUGUACAUUCAGGGUGGUCCUUCUCCAGACACGAUGCACCUGGGCUUAGACUUUCUAUGUC